AUGAACAAUCGUGAAAAUUUUAUACCUUCAGGGAAAACCACUUUGCCCCCCGGAAAACAUACGAGUGAAGAGCGUUCUAUAAGUGAUAGAAAUCUAUUUGACGAUGACUCGUCAGAUGACAGUUCAAAAACCCGAAAAAAUUUUAAAGUCAGGUCUAUUGACGUCACCUCAUCCGUAACUGGGCAUGUGACUCCGGAAACAAAUAAAACGAGGCCAUUAGAUGAUUUGUCUUUGGACGAUGUUCCUAUGCUUAUGGACAUUGAUACUAAGCCUGUUGUGACAACAACCGCCAAAAUUUCAGAAAACGUCUCAACUUCUUUAAACACUUGCAAAGAUGAAACGAACGUUUAUAAAAUCGGUGAAAAGUUUAAUAGAGGUUGUAAUGAAACUUGCACGUGUACAUCGAACGUGGAAAUAGAAUGCGAAAAAAGGUGUAAGAGACCGUUGGAAAGAAGAGGUUUUGCUAGAAAUGAUAAAUUUUGCCGGGAAAUGCCGACGGAAGACGAAUGUUGCGUUAUGAUUCAAUGCACACAAGAUACUGAAACUGAACCCAUCGAAGGUUGCACACAUAAAAAUCAAACUUUUCAACGUGGGGAAAUGUUCAAUGAUGGUUGCGAAGCUGUUUGUUCUUGCGAAAGCGGUGGUAAAAUUCGUUGCAAGCCAAGAUGUCCACAAUUGACAAAUAAUUCAUCAGAGCAAUGCGUUCAGGUACCUGAUCCAGCUGAUCCCUGUUGUACGGUUGUCUUAUGUGACGUCACAUUAGGAGAUCAAGACGUAUCGAAAUCAGGUACGGAAGAAACAACCGGAGAUACAAUUCCGUUAAAAUUAAAAUCUGCAGAUGCUUUAAACAGUUCCUCCGUUAUCAUUCACUUUUUGGGCGAACCCAAAUUGGAAAGUAAUUUAACAGCUGAAGUCAGCGAAGAUCAAGUUAAAUGGGAUAAAAUGGAAUACGAUGGUGGUAUUAUAAAUAAUUUAACACCUGGUAAAACCUAUUACAUAAGAAUAUUAUCAGGAGGUGUUGUUAGUAAUGCGGUAACUAUAACAUUACCCAAAAACACGCCGAAAUUAAGUUCGAUCAUGUCGGAAAAUGAAAAUUCAUCGAAGGAUAAAGAAAAUGAUACCAUCGAAGACAAUAAUUCAAACAAAGAAUUUUGUAAUUUUAAAAAUCGAAAUUACACAAUUGGAGAAGAAUUUAACGACGGUUGCGUUUCUUAUUGUAUAUGCACCGAAACUGGAGUCGAUUGUUCUCCCAUCGAAUGCCCAUCAGAAUUCGGUUUAGACGUUUUAGAUCCCACUUGUAUUGAAUGGGAAACAAAACCGAAGGAUUUCAAUCCGGUACCACCCAAAUGUUGUCCGGAUAUAGUCAAAUGUCUCAACAACGGUUCGUGUAAUUACAAGGGGGAAAAUUUUCCCAAUUGGGCAGAAAUCCCAACGAAAUUAUCAGGUUGUGAAAAAAGAUGUUUUUGCGAAUUUGGAAAUGUGACUUGUCAGGAUGCUUGUCCUCCAGUUCCAGCAACUCCUCCAUCGGAUUUACUUUGUUUACCAGAACAAGCCAUUUUACAUCACAUCGAUGAAAAUGAUUGUUGUUUGUUUUGGAUUUGCCCGCAAAUUUUACGUCAAGAUGGAAGUCCCCCCAUACAAUUCGGAUUUCCAGGGUUACCCAAUCAAGGACAAAUAAUGCAAAAUGAAGUUAUGGUUCAAGUGAUAGAACCAUUAGAUGAGCAUACGGUGAGAUUAGCAUUUUCAGUACCGACAUUAUUAGUAGGUUUACAUGGUAGAGUUGAAGUCAGGUACACGGCGACCAAGCAUAACGAAGAUCCGUCUACGUGGGAACUUCAAGUUUUAGCACCACCGGGAGAUCUCAUUGCGACUCCACAAUUGCAUUUCGAUUUGGGUAACCUUCUUCCCGACACCACGUACAGCAUCUUAAUAAAAGUCAUUUUGAGAGAUCUUUCAAACACUCAUCAAAGUCCGAUUUUGAAAGUGAGAACUUUACCCGUGAAUUCGAACCCGCCCACGACUCUACCCCCGAAAAUUCCAAUCGAUCCUGAAUUGUCGGUAGACGAAGUUAAUUCAACCUGGGCACGAUUGAAUUGGAAAAAAUUUACGGAUUUCGAAUUGCAAUUCAUCGAUGGAAUUCAAAUACAAUAUAAAAACAAGGACGAAAAGGUUCCGAAAGACACCCCAUUAAUACACAGACUCGUAUCAAGUUACACACUGGAUGGACUAAAACCGAAUAGCAUUUAUCAAGUGAAUCUUGUUUUUAUACCUUAUCCCGGUCAGACCUCAGAACUCCAAUCAGAAAAAAGUUUACAAGUUGAAACAACGUCAUAUAAUGAUGAAUAUGAAUUUAAUAUUAACCUUGAAGUAUUAACAACAAAAUCAUCAUCCGUUGAAGUUACUUGGAGCGGUGUGCCAUCACCUGAAGAAAAAUAUAUAAAUAUUUAUAGAGUUAUAUACAAAAGCGAAACUGGAAAAGAAGAUUAUAGUAGUUAUAAGGUAGCCAAAAGAGGUUCGACACCAAAAGUUUUACUUAAAGAUUUAAAACCUACCACGAGAUAUAUUGUCAAACUGGAAGCUUAUUUAACAAAUGGUAGAGUUAUUGAAAGUAACAGUAAAGAAUUUGUUACAAAACCUGGAACGGUUCACACGUCCGGUCCUUCUUUUCAGGGAAAAUUAUCUGGAACUCCACCAUCAAUGGAUCCUGGAGAUUAUUACGGUCCACUCGUUGCCGUUGCCAUAUUGGCUGCCCUUUCAAUAAUGGCAGCAUUGAUAUUAUUAUUAGUUUUAAUGAAAAAACAUGGACAAAACAAAGCGUCGAUUAGUUCUAGAACGACACAGUCCGCGUAUGAUAAUCCAUCAUAUAAGGUAGAAAUACAGCAAGAAACUAUGGGUAUGAUUCAGUGA